AUGGCUGCGUUCGAUACUCCUUGGUUGGAUCAAAUGUCUGGUACUCCAACUUCAAGAAAAGAUAACCAUGGCGGAUCCUUGACUCCUACUGAUCCCAACCCUCCGACGAUAGCGGCAUUCUCUCCAGUCACUCUAUCACAUGCCUCGUCUGCCAAUAAGCAGAGAUCUACUAUACUCGUUCAUCAAAAGUCCCCUUUAUUACUAGCGACGCCUCCUCAGAUUACGAGAGCUUUAGCAUAUUCGCAUCCUUUCCUAUUACCUCUCAAUAAACUUGCGGGAUUAAUAACAUGGACGAGUGGAGAUCCUUGGGAGAGCUUCUUGCUCGUCGCUAGUUUUUGGGCAUUCGUACUAUACGGAGAUGUGGUCAUGCGAUAUGCUGGACCUUUGGUGGUGGUUAUUGGUUUGAUAUUGGGAAUGUACUCGAGACGAUAUUCCCCUUUAUCAUCAACUAGCUGGACAGGAGAGAAACAGAAAAAGGGUCAUAAAAGGGUCGAGUCAGAGAUGACGAAUACCAAGCAUCAGAAAACUUUGGAUGAGAUCGUGGAGACUUUGAAGAUAUUUACGUCAAGAUGCAAUGUACUUUUGGAUCCUCUCUUACAAUUGACGGAUUUUCUAUCAACCCAACGAACUGCGACCUCCGCUACGACUCGACCAGCACUUACGACGCUUUUGAUACGAAUCCUUCUUGUCACACCCAUAUGGAUCAUUUUGACUCUUCCACCUAUACAAGUCAUCACCACAAAACGUAUUGCUUUGGUAACUGGGACGAUCUUCUUGACUUGGCAUUCUCGACCGAAUCGAAUAGCCAGAACAAUCCUAUGGAGAUCAUCUCUCGUUCGCCGCAUAUGUACUGCAAUAACUGGCCUGCAUUUGACAGAUGAGCUAUCGCCUGCCGCCAGUGGAAACGAUGGCAAGCCUCCUCUACCACCACGCACAUCCUCCUCCUCCGCAGAUGCAACUUUAGUAGCAGAUGCAGCUAUCACGAGAAGACUAGAAGCACCGGGUGUAAAAUUUACAUUCAUUAUAUAUGAAAACCAGCGCAGAUGGGUUGGACUAGGAUGGACAACUUCACUAUUUGCUUAUGAGAGAUCUGCUUGGACAGACGAACACCUCAAUCCUGUUCCUCCAAAAGAAGAGUUUGAAUUACCAGAUGUAGAGGGUGGCGGCGCGAGAUGGAGAUGGGUUAAAGGUAGUCGCUGGCGUGUUGAAGGAGCCGCCGAGCAUGAUGAAGGCGGCUCUAACCCGAAGGCUGAGAGUGAUGGAGGAGCAGGGUGGAUAUAUUAUGACAACAAAUGGCAAAAUGGUCGUCGUGGACAAGACGGAUGGGGAAAAUACACACGCCGAAGAAAAUGGUACCGUGAUGCCGAGCUCGUCGAAAUCACAUCUAGCACAGAAAUAAGACCCUCCCCAACUCCAACUCAAGCAUCCGCAAGCAUAGACUCAAACUCUGUUCGCACGCGACUCUCAUCACUCUCAGCUUCGAGAUCAAGGAGUCCGCCUCCGUAUUCAGAUCGUGAUGAUGCCAGUUUGGCGAGUAGUAGGAGUGGGCGAUACAGCAGCAAGAAAAGUAGCUUGAAGAAGGAAAGGUUGGAAAGGGGAAGUAGGAAGAGUAGCAUGAGUUUGCAAUCGGAAGUGGAUGACGAGAGGUCGUUUACGAGGCCUAGGGCAACGGAUUGGGGCCUUAGUGAUGAUGCCAGAAUGGGCUUGGAGUAG